AUUUUACCCUUCCUUCCUGAGAUUCCCGACACUGGCUUAAUCAGAUGCCAUAUUUAAGAAAUCCCUUUAUGUACAGCAAGUUUUAAUAAAUCUAGUUGAUAGUUAAAACAGUGUCAUAAAAGUUAAAUACUUGUGUAUUUUUCUCUUUAAUUUAAAAUCGUGUAUGUUAAACUGCAAUGCUCUUUGCACCCACUCGUUUUUCUAUAUGCAACCAGUAGGUGACAGCAUUGUGCCGUUACUCUUUAUUUUGAGCGGGUACUUUUUCUUUUUUUUACGAGAAUUUUAGGACCUGCAUUGGUCUACUUUUAAUCCUUCACUGUGGGGACAUUUUGUUAUGCCAUACUAAAUUCUUAAAGGUUUAUUUGUAGAUCUAAAGAUGUAGAGUCCGAUUUAGACUUUUUUACCUGGCCAGUUAAAAUAGGGAAUACUUAACAAAAAUACUGUAUACGUAUAAAAAAAAACAUACGCGUGCGUGGGCGCGCGCACGUUUGUAGGAGGGUACCAUGGCGGUUCCGCACAAUUGGAACAGUUAGCCCAGCAGCCCGUUCUGCUCCGUGCACUGACAGCAGCAGCUAACGAAAUGCACACAGCUAACACUAUGUGCAAAAUUGAGGUGCCUUCAAGCUAGUAUUUGUUAAUUUUAAGGGGCUCAGCCAGACACGAACACUAGAGAAUAUGGCCGGGAUCAUUAAAAAGCAAAUUCUCAAGCAUUUGUCAAGGUUCACCAAGAAUCUGUCACCAGACAAAAUCAAUCUGAGCACACUAAAGGGGGAGGGGCAGUUGUCCAACCUAGAGCUCGAUGAAGAAGUUCUGCAGAACAUGCUCGACCUGCCUACCUGGCUGGCUGUCACGCGGGUCUACUGCAAUAAAGCUGCUAUCAGGAUACAAUGGACGAAGUUGAAAACCAGCCCCAUCUGCUUGUUCUUGGACAAGGUGGAAGUAGAGAUGAGGACGUGUGAGGAGCCUCGUCCCCCCAACGGCCCCUCACCUAUAGCUAUAACAGCAGGACAGAGUGAGUACGGUUUUGCAGAGAAGGUGGUGGAGGGCAUGUCGGUCAGGAUCAACUCCAUCAUUAUCAAAGUGCAGGCUCGGGCCUUUCACGCCUCUUUUGAGCUCUGGCAGCUACAGGGCAACAGCCUGAACCCCAAAUGGCAGCACAGUGACCUCCGCUACACCCGCGUCACUGACCCAAAGAGAGGAGAGGUUUUGACAUUUAAGGAAAUUAACUGGCAGAGUCUGCGAAUUGAGGCUGAUGCCAUUGAAAGUGACGACCAGGACCUCAGCAGCACGCCGCUACGUCUCAUCACCAACCAGGGACGCAUCCGCAUCGCACUCAAACGCAGAAUAAAGGACUGUAAUGUCUUGGCGUCCAAGCUGCUCUUCAUUUUGGACGACCUGCUGUGGGUUCUGACGGACUCCCAGCUCAAGGCCAUCAUUCAUUACGCCAAAUCACUCAGUGAGGCCAUGGAGAAGUCGGCCCAGCAGAGGAAGAGCAUGGCCGCGGAGUCUCUGCAGACCGCUCCUCCAUCCCCCGGCCUCCCCAGUCUGUGGACGGAGCCUCCACCUGCUUCUCCUGGCAAUUCCGGCAACAUGAGUCAGUACUUUGACCACUACGAUGUCAAGGAGUCUUCUUACCACACCUUCAUCUCCCGCUUGGACUUACAUGUGUGCAACGACAGCUCUUCAAUGGAUGAAGAUGAGCCCCCCCCUGUGGGCUUGCAGGGUGCGAUGCAGCUGACCUUCAGGAAGCUGGGAUUCGACUACUAUCCCAUUCACAGACCUGCUGAUGGGUGUCGGCACUGGGAGCAUCACAGUGGAGCGAUGGAGGCUCAGGCUCAGUGGGCUGGGAAGCUGCUGCAGGAGUACCUCAGGACAGUGGAGGCUUCUGGGAUUCCAGGACCUCACGGUGACGUGCUCCAGUCGACGAAGGACUGUCCGGCCAAGAUGGGUCAAGAUGGCCAGUCCAGUCCCAAGUUGAACGCCACUGACAAAGAGCAGGGAAACAACCGGAAUCAUUUUUCAGCACCUAUCGGCUCGUCACUGAGGAGACUGCGAUCCAGCUGCAUCGUGGUCCGAAUGGACGAUGUGGACAUUCACCAGGUGUCCACAAGAGGGCGUCAGAACAAGAAGACUCAGUCUCUGUUGUCCUGUAACCGCAAAACUCUGCAGCUGCCCGACGGUGUACCGGCCGUUCACCUGCAGUUUACUGAAUACUACUUCUCUGACAACCCCAGUCUGUCAGUUCCCACUUCCAGCUUGUCCGCCCCGUUGAACAGACUGCAGUUGUGCGUGGACCCGGCCAGUGUGCUGUGGAUCAACCUUUUCUCCCGUGGUCUGCUGCAUACCCUGGAGCAGGUCAAGGCCUUCUACCAUUUACAGGACAGCUGCAAAGCCGAGGAGCACGUCGACGUCCGCAUGGAUGCCGUUCACCUGAAGCUCAUAAUUCCACUGGAUUCGUCCAUUUUGGAUCACCCUGAACGUCCACAGUCGCUGUCUGUCACUCUUCCCCAGAUGGUUCUCAGCAACACCCGCCACUGCCCCCACGGCUCCAGAGCUGAUCUCAGUUCUGUCUAUGACAAAUUUGCCAACUGCUCUUUCUUCCAGUCCUCACCACCCUGCUCUUACCCCAGAGAACAGAGUGCCUUCCAUCCCAUUCCCUCCACUUUCUUCCAACAUUCUCAACAGACAGAGGCUCAGCCUCUGGGUAAAAAGCAGUUACGAUCCCAGGAUAUGUGGUCACUCAGCUUAUCCCGCGUGACCUUAGGUUUUGAUGGCGCCCGACACGUCCCCAAAGGCCGGACGCAGCCUUUCAUUGAACCCUUUGCCGUGUCCGUGUGGAUGUGUCAGCCGACCGUCACUAAAAAUGGUCUGUCGCCAUCCUCCCCCGGUCCGAUUCACCGGUCUUCCUCGGAGCAGGGUGAGGGUUCACUCGCCUCCGUCCACUUCCUAGCUCACACAGUCACUCCACUCAAACUGUGGCUCAAUCACUACCAGUAUGUAGCGCUGCUGAGAAUGAAGGACGCUUUGGCCCGGUUGGGGGCAGAGUUGGGCCGAGCUCUAAAAUACGAGAAAAAACUCUCACCACCGCUGACACCUGGACACUCCCCCGUCCUCUCCCGGGAGCUGUCCACGUUUAGCCUGGAGGGAGAGCUGUCGAGCGCCAUCAACGUAACCAAGGAUGUGACCAAAGACGCCAUUAGUGCCUCACUGGACCUGACCAAAGGGGCAUUUUCAAUCACGAAGGACGCGUUCAGCAUCCUGAGUCGUGGCUCUGGGAUGAGCAAAUUGUUUAGUCCACAGUUAAAGGAACAAGUGCAGCGCUCAGAAGAACCCCCACCACCGAGUGGCGCCGGUCAUCGACACCAGUCCAUGAAACACUCAUCUUCCCAGCAUUCCUUUGACAGUGCCAUCCUGGAGGGCAGCUUACCUGAUGAGAAUCUGUCUGUGGACAGUGAUGCCAGUGACAAUUUUGUUGUUCUUAUGGACUCAGAGUCAGGGAUGGAAUCCAUGCAUCCUAAACCAAUUACAGCAGGAAGCCGAGGAAGUCCCGCCCCCGGCACAGAGAGGGGUUCAUCAGCGGACCUCAGCAGCUCCCUCUCCCAGAGUAUAGAGGACGUGUCCCAGGACCUGUCUUCAGUUUUGUUACUGUUUGUAACUGGAAUGGCCUGCACUAUGGAAGUGAAGGGAGACGACCAGGUCGUGGCUGUAGAAGCUCAGAAUCUGUCGCCCGUGCAGCUGGGAACUGUCAAGGUGUCGGAGGUUCUGGCUGGUGUCGUACAAGCUCCAGUCCAGAAGCAGGACCGGCUCCGGAGCAAGGGCAGACCGGUUUUGCGCCUGCGUGCAGAGACGGGUCCUUCAGCGUCCCGUCACUCUCCUCUUGCUGAGUCUUUGGGCUUCCUGGAUGUCAGGGUGCAGGAUUGUCAGGCGGAGAUGUUAGCCUCCACAGUGGCUAACAUCGGGCCGUUUCUUGAAGACGAAUUCAGUGUUGACGGUCAACCCAUGAAGUUACACUUGAACAACGUCACCAUCACAAUGAAGGACGAUGGUCCUAGAAACUACCCCACAUCCCCCCAGCCUGUCCCCAGCACAUUCGUGGUGGAACAGCUUCUUCUGGAGCGCAGUGAGGACGGCAUCAUGAGGCUUAAAGGUGCUGCUGUGGGGGCCUCUGACAACAACAGUUCCUGCACAGUUCAACCGGACAUCAAGAAACAAGCUCUGGAGUCACGGCUCUCUGAGGCCCAGGCUGCGCUGACACAGGCCCUCAGUGACAGAGAGCGCCUUCUGCUGCAAAUCAGGAAGUACGACCCCAUGUUUACACUCUGAGCUGCUGCGGUUGGUGGUCAGCUGUGUCGGUAUAAAUGUGAGGAAACGACCAUCACUGGACACAGUCCAGGUUUGAAAAACAAAAAACUGUGGGGUCGAUACAGGGAACGGUUGGUCGAAGGGGAAUCUGCCCGUUCACUAACUGACCGCUACGUUAUUGGUACUACUUUUUAACUGGACAAUAUCAGUAUUCUACACUUGUUUAGUAACAAAAUGCAACAAUUCCUCUGGUUCUUAUGUAAUUCAGUGUUGACAGUUAACUUGUUGUGUGGUUUUCGGUGUUUGUCGUGCAUGUUAGAAGGAGAACGAUGAUCAGGUGAGAAUUCUCUACAGCAGAGGUUUUCAAAGUCCAACACCUGUGGGCUUCCAUUCCUGACCCGCACUUACACAAACCACUGAGGGGUUAAAAACCUUUAUCUGAUUAGAUGAGAUCUAAAUUAGAGUCAAAUUCAAAGGAUUUCAAAAUGACCUUUUGACAGAGGAUAAUUUUGGACAAUCAUUCGACUUUUAUGCGCCCGAACUGAGACACGUCACAGUUCUGUGGGCGAGGUACGGGGACGCAGUCAAAAACAAAAGUAAACUAUGAAUAGAAAAUACACUCAGAUACCAUCGAGAGAGUGAGUGGGGGACAGGAAAUGUGGCAACGCUGACACACCCCAGGAGAGGCCCACGCCCCACACACAAAACCACUGCUCUACAGGUUAUUUUAAAAUGUUAAUGAAGAUGAUUGUUCAACUGCCAAAAACACUCACUCACACACACACAGACACACACACACUGCCGGGCAGCUGCUACUCCAUCAGCUGCUUCUGUUGAACACAGUACUCCUGUAUAAAGCAUGCGCCGUGAACUGUACUGAUUCACACACGGCACAUUUCAACACGUAACUUUGACCAAACCUAAUGAUGUAGAGUUCUUCUAUUUUAGUGAAUAAUAGUCGCUGUGUGUUUUGUUACUUAACAGUAUCACUAUAGGGAAAAAAUAUAUAUAAUGUAAUUUAAAUGUUAGGAAGCUGAUGCACUUUGUAAGAAAAAUAAUAAUGUCAGUUUUUUUUAUCCCUCUUCAUCACAGUGUUAGAUGUUAUGUUUUAGUCAAAGGUUCUUUUGUACUGUCGAGGGGAACGGGACUGUUGUUCUCCACGCCCUCAGUGUUCAUGAAGGAAAAACACAGUAGCAGGAUAAUUAUUAUUUAUUAUUUUGAAGCAAAAUUGUAUAAUCAUUCACAGUACUUGAUCUUUGAAUUUUUUUUUUUUUUUUGGUAGCUUGUCGGACUCUGCUGCUAGUGUAGUUGAUCUGUGUGAAAUAAGCAAACACGCUGAACGUCUUUUUAUUUGUCGACACAUUUUAAGCCAUAUCUGAACUAAUCAAGAUUCUUUUUGAAAAGCUACGGUACUGCUAACACACACACACACAAACACACACACUCAGACUGCUGUUUAAAACCACAUUCACAUUCAUUCUACUAAAAUAGUUUUUUUUUCUUUGUCUGGUUUUAUGCAACAGUUUUUUUUUAACUUGUGGUUUAAUCAUUUUUAUCACUGAUGGAUAUAUUUAUGCAAACCUGACUGAACUGACAUUUACUUUCGUUUCUGGUUUCAAAGCUUUAUGUAUCCAUUAUCCUUACAUCAAUGCCACCUCAUUGUGAGCUUGAGAGACCUCUGGUGGCUGCGGGCCGCCACAACUGACGUUUUUUAGUUGUAGUUUUAGUUGCUUUGCAAACACGUGACAUUUCCAUUCUGUACGAGGAAUGUAAAAUAGUAUGUAAGCAAUAGGAAUACCACUUUGCUUUAACUCAAGAGUUACUCAUUUUAAAGACACUGAAUUAUUUGUCUUUGUGGUGCAUGAUGGCUCCUCCAAUCCUCAUUGGUCAGUGUAACCAGGUAGAAAUACUGCCUUUUCAGCAGGUACUUGUACAGUAAUCACCCGUACAGCUUUUGCUGUUUUUUUUUUUUCUGUUUGCAUGACCUCAGUGAAUACAGAUGUGAAGGUUGGUGAGAUGUGGCUGUUCAGUUUGACCAGUGUCCUGUUUAUGGGUCAGACCUCAGUGGUACGUAGCAUCCCUGACCUUUGACAUGCUGCUGGUCUGACAUCAGUGACAUUCAGACAGGUAGGAGUUUCCUGACUAUCUUUGCUCAGUGUGCCAUGGAAAAAAAAGGGAGCGGCACAGAGAGCAGAGCAAGACACAGACCUGCAGGGUGCGCUGUCUCUCUCUGUCUCUUUCUCUACAUGCAUGCCAUGAUUCGGUGUUGUGUUGUUAUACUGUAUGCCUUGUGGAUUACUUUCACUCCUGUGGUAAAUUCACUGGACCUUGCACUCAUUUUGAUGUGAAGGAUGACAGGAAUCUUUCUGACUGACACUUUUCCCCCGUGGUGCAGAUGUGGCAGUGUAUGUGGACUGUUUUUUUUUUGUUAUUUUUGUUAAUCCUGUAGAACUACAUGGAAUUUUGUAUCGUCUUUACCACUUCAUUAAGACUAACAUUUGAACUGGUUCUGUGAACCAAACGCUAACAUGGAGAAUAUUUUAAAAUGUAAAAGAAUAAACCAUGAGUUGCAGAACA